AUGGACCAGCAGCUCCCAGGAACAGGUACCACCGAGGACCAGCAGCUCCCAGGAACAGGUACCACUGAGGACCAGCAGCUCCUAGAGAUGGUGACCACUGAGGACCAGCAGCUCCUAAAGACAAGGACCUCUGAGGACCCACAGCUCCUGGGGACCGGGACCGCCAAAAACCCACAGCUCCUGGGGACAGGGACCACCGAGGACCAGCAGCUCCCAGGAACAGGUACCACUGAGGACCAGCAGCUCCUAGAGAUGGUGACCACUGAGGACCAGCAGCUCCUAAAGACAAGGACCUCUGAGGACCCACAGCUCUCUGGGACAGUGACCACUGAAGACCCACAGCUCCCAGGGACAGAGACCCCCGCAGCAACCUGGGUGUCCUUGCAGAGACCAGCAGGUCCCCGGCCAGGUAGUGCCCCUUUUCCUUUCUCAGCAGGUGACAGUACCCACGAGCGGGUGGUGCCGCCCCGACGCUACCCGGGAGCACUGCCCACCCCACCGAACCUGAGGCAAGGCACUGGCCACCAGGGGCUGGCCCUGGCCAGCACCAAGGGCAGCCAGAGCCCUCCUGUGCCCGACGGGAGGGCGGCUACUGGUGUGGAUCCUUCUCUGGCCGACACCUCCAGUCCUCUCCAGUUUGAUUUACUAACCGCCGCGGCGGGGCUUGAGUCCUCCUUUCCCGGACUGAUGCCACCAGCUGGGCACUGCCUGCCCAUCCCCACCCACCUGCCCUUCUGCAGGGUGCUGGGCACCAACCGUUUCCGAUCCCCCAAUUACCUCGGGCAGGGCAGCGAGGCAGAAAUUCGGGUGGCUUUGCAUGAGUGGGAGGGGCUGCUUGAGUCACGGUGCCAUCGCUACGUGGAGUGGUUCCUCUGCUUGCUCCUGCUCCCCGGCUGUAGCACCUCGGUCCCCGUAACCCCCCCGCCGUGCCAGGGCUUCUGCGAGGCCGUCAGAGACCUGUGCUGGAUGCACUUGGCCAGUGGGCACCUGCCUCUGCCUUGUGAUGCUCUCCCCAAGGAGGACGAAGGGUAUUCUUGUGUCUUUGUUAAUGCUUCUGCAGAGAACCCGAGCACUGAGGUCAGCCUCCUGGAGCUGAUUGGAGACCCCCCUCCAGAGGAGAUCCUCAAGAUUUAUGGCCCCGACAACAACCCCGGCUACGUCUUCGGCCCCAACGCCAACACGGGGCAGGUGGCCCGGUACCACCUGCCCAACCCUUUCUACCGGGACUUUUCCCUCCUGUUCCACAUCCAACCCACCACCCCCAGGGCUGGGGUCCUCUUUGCUGUCACGGACUCCUCUCAGAGCAUCAUCUACGUGGGGGUCAAGCUCUCGGAGCUACGGGCGGGCAAGCAGCAGAUCAUCUUCUACUACACAGAGCCGGGCUCCUCCAGCUCCUAUGCUGCAGCCACCUUCACUGUGCCCACCUUGCUCAACCAGUGGACACGCUUUGCCAUCAGCGUGGAGGAGGAGGAGGUCACCCUCUACCUGGACUGUGAGGAGCACGAGCGAGUCCGCUUCGAGCGCUCCCCGGAUGAGAUGGAGCUGCAGAAGGGCUCCGGGCUCUUCGUUGCUCAAGCUGGAGGGGCUGACCCAGAUAAAUAUCAGGGGGUGAUUGCUGACCUGAAGCUGCGAGGGGACCCGCGGGCAGCCGAGCGCCAGUGCGAGGAGGAGGAGGAUGACACGGAGGAGGAGGUCUCGGGCGAUUUUGGCAGCGGGGCAGGAGGUGGACACCAGCAACCCUCGGGGAAAGACGGGGGUGUCCCAGGGCUGGUGGAUGCUGUCCCUGUCACCUCUCCCCCCGUGGCUGGGGGGGGUGGGAUGAGGAGCAGUGGGGGCUCCUCGCAGCAAGCCGAGAGGACCAGAGCAGAGGAGACACGACAGGUCUCCCCAGGAGGCACCAGCUCCAAAGGUGAAAAGGGGGAGAAGGGUGAGCCCGGCCUGAAAGGGGACUCAGGAACAGGCAGUGUCAAGGGUGAAAAGGGGGAGAAAGGAGAACUGGGCGUUAAGGGCAGUGCUGGCUUUGGCUAUCCCGGCUCCAAGGGCCAAAAAGGAGAGCCAGGAGAGCCCGGCCCCCCCGGGACCCUCUUGCAGCACACGGAUGGCUCGCUGGUGGAGCAGGUCACUGGUCCCCCAGGGCCACCGGGGAAGGAUGGAGCCCCUGGCAGGGAUGGAGAGCCCGGCGAUCCCGGCGAGGACGGCAAACCCGUAAGCGUGGGGCGCAGGGGCCCCCCUGGGCCCCCUGGUCCCCCAGGACUGCCAGGACCCUCAUCCAAGCGUGACAAACUGACCUUCAUCGACAUGGAGGGCUCUGGCUUUGAUGGUGACCUGGAGGGUCUGCGGGGUCCACGGGGGCCACCUGGUCCUCCAGGGCCACCCGGCGUGCCCGGUUUGCCAGGAGAACCAGGAAGGUUUGGGAUGAACCAAACAGACCUGCUGGGACUGCCAGGGCUGCCAGGCAGGGAUGGGAUGCCCGGGCCCCCAGGGCCAGUGGGUCCUCAGGGUCCUCCUGGAAGAGAUGGGGCACCUGGGCAGCCAGGGCCCAAAGGAGAGCGGGGUGACGUGGGUGACCUUGGCCUCCCUGGUGCACCAGGACCCAAGGGCAGCAAAGGAGAAACAGGACCAGCAGGACCCCCAGGAGAAGCAGGGUUAGCUGGCCUUCCCGGGCCCAUGGGACCCCGAGGGCCACCAGGGCCACCUGGCCCCCCAGGACCACGAGGGUCGGGCUACGAGGCUGGAUUUGGUGACAUGGAGGGCUCGGGGCUGCCGUUCACUGCCAGCUCCCCCGGACCUGAAGGGCCACAGGGGGUGCCAGGACUGCCAGGGGUGAAGGGGGAGGUUGGCAGCCCCGGGCAGCCUGGCUUGCCAGGACUGAAGGGAGAUGCUGGUGUGCCUGGUGUGGAUGGCCGACCUGGCCUGGAAGGCUUCCCAGGACCACAGGGACCCAAAGGUGACAGAGGCAGCCCUGGUGAGAAGGGAGAGCGAGGCCAAGAUGGUGUGGGAUUGCCUGGCCCCCCUGGUCCACCUGGUCCCCCUGGACAGGUCAUUGCUGUCUCAAGUGAAGAUAAGUCUUUGCUGGCUUUGCCCGGUCCGGAGGGCAGACUGGGUCACGCUGCCUUCCCGGGCCCGGUGGGACCGAAAGGAGAACGGGGCUCAUCUGGUCCCCCAGGCUCCCCAGGGUUGAAGGGGGAGAAGGGGGAGCCCGGCGUCAUCAUCAGCCCCGAUGGGACCGUGGUCACUGCCAAGGUGAAAGGAGAGAAGGGCGAGCCAGGGCUGCGGGGACCCACGGGACCCACGGGUCCCCAGGGACGAGCAGGGAUGAAGGGAGAGAUCGGCUUCCCGGGCAGACCCGGACGUCCUGGCAUGAACGGGCUGAAGGGUGAGAAGGGUGACCCUGCUGAUGUCAGCAGCCUGCUGGGCUUGCAGGGUCCCCCAGGACCACCAGGUCCCCCGGGCCCUCCCGGGCCACCCGGCAGCAUAGUCUAUGACAACAGGAAUGCCUUCAGUGACUCUGGCCAUCCCGCACUGCCCGCCUUCCCCGGUUUUCCUCAAUUUCCAGGACAAAAGGGAGAGAAAGGUGAUGCUGGAGCCCCAGGCCCCCCAGGCCACUUCCCCUACGACCCCAGUCGCUUUGGUGCCAACCUGCGG